AUCAAAAUGAUAAGGUGAGUCUCAACAAACAAACUUAACUCAGAAUUCAGAAAUCAGAAUGUAGUAAAAUAUGGAAUAUUUUGUAUUGAAUUUGUAACUAGAUAUCAUGAUAAUUUAUUUAAUACAUAAAUAAACAGAAUUAUUGAACAGUUAAUUAAGGACACUGAAUACCUAGAAAAUAAUACAACUUAAAAAAUGGACAACAAAAUUAAAUUUGAGGUACCUGGCGGUUUAGACUCAAUUAUGCCAAAUAUUAAAAUUGAUCUACUGAGUUACAUCAAUUGUAUUGAAAAUAUACCAUUAUAUAAAAGCGAAUCGACUCUCCCAACAAGAGAUAUUAAUAUAAAAUCUUUAUACGCAAAGAGUAACGUAGAUGUUAUACCAUUUGAAUUAAUUCCUGAAAGAGAUCCCAAGACUGGUAAAAUCUUGCAUUUUGAAGAAAUUAUUAGUGAUCCAAAUGAUAAUGCUGAUAUAGAUGCUAUGCCCUGUGAAAAACUAAAUAAAAAUCAAAGUUCAGAUGAAUAUUGUGGUGAAAUAAAUUUAGAAUAUGAUUCUGAUAAUUUACCAGUUGCUCCUAGUAUGUCUAAAAAGUUAGAUGUGAAAAAAGGUAAAGAAAAUAUUACUAUUAGUACAAGUGCGAGUGAUACAGUAUUAGACGACGAUUGGAUAGAAGAUUUUGAAGGUGUUUGGGAUGAUGAAAUACCAGAAGUAACUGUAGAACCAGAAAUCGCUGAUCCUAUUCCAAAAGAUGAAAUUAAUCAUAUUAAAAAUGAAAAUUUUGUAUUGAAAAUAUCUGGAACAUCUGAAAGGUCUUUGGUCAAAUCUCAGUGGGUGGAGGAAUUGGAUAUUUCUAAGCCUAUUGAUAAUUUUGAUGAACUUUUACCCGAUCCCGCAUAUAAGUGGGAAUUUGAACUAGAUACGUUUCAAAAACAGGCAGUAUUAAAACUGGAAGAAAAGAGUAGUGUUUUCGUUGCAGCUCAUACGUCUGCUGGUAAAACUGUUAUAGCUGAAUAUGCUAUUGCACUUGCAAAAAAACAGCAAUUAAGAUGUAUUUACACAUCUCCAAUAAAAGCAUUGUCCAAUCAAAAAUUUCGAGAUUUUAAAAAAAAGUUCGGAGACGUUGGGCUAAUAACUGGUGAUUUUCAAGUUAAACCAGAAGCUCAAUGUUUGAUUGUGACGACAGAAAUUUUAUGCUCAAUGUUGUAUAGUGAUUCAGAUAAAAUUAAAGAAACUGAAUUUGUAGUUCUCGACGAAGUCCACUAUGUUAAUGAUAGGGAUAGAGGACACAUAUGGGAACAAAUUUUAAUAAUGCUUCCUAAACGUGUGAAGCUGGUAAUGUUGAGUGCUACCGUGACAAAUGUUAUUGAUUUUGCCGAUUGGAUUGGCCGAACUCGAGCUUCUAAAAUUUAUGUCGUGUUUACUUUAUACAGACCAGUUCCUCUAGAACAUUAUCUCUAUGUCGGUUCAAAUACUAGUAUGGAUUUUCAAGAAAACAUGCAUUUAAUACGGAAAGCUGAUAGUGGUUUUCUUAUGCACGGUUAUCGGAGAGCUUCAGAACAGUUUAAAAAAAAUCAUGAAGUAAAAAAAUACCAUGAUUCAAAAAAUUUCAAAGAUCAAAAGCCCAAGUGGAUAAACUUUUUAAAAUUUCUUGAUAAAAAUAGUAUGUUUCCGGCAGUAGUAUUUAUAUUGUCCAGAAAAAAAUGUGACCUGAUGGCAGAAUCGCUUAAAAAUUCUGUCAAUUUUCUUUUGACCAGUAAAGAAUCACAAGCCAAUGAAUAUUUUUUUAAUAAAGCUAUUCAAAAAUUAAAACCUGAAGAUCGAGCGUUACCUCAGGUUGUUCUGAUGAAAGAGUUACUGUGUCAAGGAAUAGCAGUUCACCACAGCGGUAUACUACCCAUUCUAAAAGAAAUAGUCGAAAUGCAAUUUCAACAAAGUUUAGUCAAAUGUUUGUUUGCCACCGAAACAUUUGCCAUUGGCAUCAACAUGCCAGCAAGAACAGUUGUCUUUGAGUCUAUUACUAAAUUUGACGGUAUAGAAAAACGUAAUCUGGCUCCUGCUGAAUAUACUCAAAUGGCUGGACGGGCUGGUCGUCGUGGUCAUGAUAAAAGUGGCACAGUAAUAAUAAUGGCAACUGAACAAGUAAUUAAUGACAGAGAACUGACCAACAUGAUGUUGGGAAAAUCAGCAAAACUAGAAUCUCAAUUUAAAGUUAGCUAUUCCAUUAUAUUGAAUAUGUUCAAGAAGAAAAAUUGUGAAACACUAGAAGCAAUUCUCGGUAGUAGCUUUAUUGAAGCUGCUAGAGCAAAAAAAAAAGAUGAAUACACAGAAGAAUUAAAUUAUUUGAAAAUAUUAGAUGAAAAAGAUCAAUGGCAACCAACGGGACAACAAGAAUUGAUUAUUAAAGAGUUUUAUCUUGCUGCCAAAGAAUAUUUAGACUGCAGGAAAGAAUAUUGGGAUAACCUGUAUGCUUCAGCUGACAAAAAGUUCAGUGAGGUCGGAAGGUUUGUCAUCAUAACACAUCAACACCACAUUGGACAAUUAGCUAUUAUAUUAUCGAGUAAUGUCAAAAAAGUUCCGAGAGAGUUUCGUGUAUUGGUAUUAGAAAAUAAAGAAACCAAAAACGAAGAGUCAGAUAAACCAGAUUCUUGGUACAAAUUUAUGUACUUGUCUCGAAAAAGAAGAUUAUGUGAAUCACCUGAUGUAAUACACAACGACCAUACUAUACUGACUAUACCAUCAACUUCUAUUAUGGAAAUUACAAAAUUUUCGGAAAAUUUUGAUAGUAGUCUUAUCAUAAAAAAUUGGGAAAUGAGGCAGAAUGAACGUUUCAAAGAUGCAGCCAUUUCAAGUCCCUGUCAACGAGCUGUCAAAAUGUUAUCAGAAAACAUUAUAUACUUAAAUCGGUCCGAGUACAAUAGUUCUGUGCUAAGUAUAGGAGAUUUAGGAAUUGAUUCAUUUGAGUUGCAUAAUGCAAAACUACGUAUGCAUGCUUUAGAAAAUCAAUUAUAUAAUAUCGAUUUGUCGGACAUAAUUGGGUUUGAAGAAAUUUUCCAAAGAUUGUAUAAAUAUCAAACACGGAAAGAAAAAAUUGCAGAGUUAGAACAUCAAACGUCAAAUAAAGCAUUACAACUCUAUAAUGAAUAUAUCAACAAAGUAGAAGUACUUAAAAACCUUAAGUAUUUGGAUCCUCGUAAUGAAAUUACUACUCAAAAAGGAAGUGUAGCCAGUACUAUGGGAUCACAUGAACUCUUAAUUACCGAACUUCUUUUAAGUAAUAUGUUUGAAGAAAUGAAGCCAGAAGAAAUCGCUGCAGUUCUCUCGUGUCUAGUUUGUGAAUCAAAAUCAGAUUUUGAUGUUGAAUCUAUUAAAGAAGAAAACUUAAUAAAAGGUAUGAACAUAAUAAAAGAAAAACACAAUGAAAUUCAGUCAGUCGAGUCUAUAUAUUUAAGCAAUUUUGAACGUAUUGACCUCAACUUUAAUCUGGUCAAAGUGUUACAUUUAUGGGCCCAAGAAAAGCCUUUCUCUGAAAUAAUGGAUAUAACGGAUAUUCAAGAAGGAAUUAUAGUUCGCUGCAUUGUUCAACUAAAUGAAAUAUUAACAGUCAUCAAAAAUGCCGCAAAAACAAUUGGAACGAAUAAAAUUAGCGAAAAAAUGCAACUUGUGCUAGAUAAAAUUAAAAGAGAUAUUGUAUUCACUCCCUCAUUAUACAUGGAAUAAUCUUAAUUGAAUUCACAUAUUUUAUAUAUAUUUGAUGACAAUACUUUAUAUGAUGUUAUUAUUUUAUAUAAUAUGAAG